CCGGUCUACACCCUAGCGGUCUACUCUUUUUAUUCUUCUGCUCAGCUAGUAACAUGCCGAAUCCGUUCUCCAUCGUCACUCCUGCUAUGUAAUUCAAAGUUUGACAAUGGCUCAAGUAACUAUGAAUAAUACUCCUGAAGAAAAUGGUGAUAAUGUUGCUUCAAAAUCUAGAAAAUCAGCUUCAUCAUCAUUCAAAAGGUUGGGUAAAAAAUCACCGUUCACUAGAUAUGGACUCCUAUGAUCUCACUCAUGGUCCUUGGAUCUUUAGGUCUUGGUCACCUUUAGCAAGGCAGGUUAGUUCAAGUGCUUAAAAGUCAAAACCAUAACAAAUUUUUAGUAGCACAUAUAGUUGAUCAUGCUCUAUGUGCGGGAUAAUGACAAAUGGAUGCACAUAUCCAUUUAAACGGCAGGUUUCAGAAUUUUCAAGAGCAUGUCUAUUUGAUCAUGCUUUAUGUGAUCGCCAUUACCAAGAGCAUCUACGAGAGUAUUUUCAGAAUUUUUGAAGCAUGUUCUUGUGAGGAAGUUACCGUUCAUUCAUCUUCUUCAUCAUGACGAAGAAGAACAAGCAAAACAGGACACCACCUCCUAAGGACCAAAAGUUUGAGGACAAAAUUAAGUACCUACAAGCUAAAAAGGCAGCAAGUGAGGAAGCCAAGAUGAAGAAGAAAGGAAUAUCAAAGGAGGUUAUACCAACUUUGGGUACUCAAGAUGCCAAGUCCACAAAUGAUACUGACUCCCAUGCCGCGGCAACACCUCUCAAUGCUACCACUAAUGCCGAGGCUUCAUUGGCAGCAUCUCAUGCAACGGGGGGUGUUGAUUCUAACACCGAGGCAUCCCAUGCAGCCCAUGCAACGGGGGGAAAUGGUUCAUAUGCGGAGGCACUAUUGGGGACAUCCUUCUCUUCUCAUGUUGAGGCCUCAAAGGAACCCACUCUUACUUUGAAAAGCCAUGUUGAAGUAACUACUAUUGAGACAUCGGAUGAAAACCAUGUUAUAAUUGAAGAUGAACCGGAUGUGUCCAUCUCACUUGGGUCUCAAGAUACCGAACAAAAAAAAAACUAGAAGAAAAGGAGGUUGGAGGUGCAAAUCAAUGAUCUUCUUUGUUCCAAAACAACCGGACACCUACUUGUGGGCUUAAACUUGAGUAUUUUCCUCCAACGGGGGAAAAUUGGACUUCACACAUCUUAAAGUGCCUACACUUAUUGAAGUAUGGGGCCAUUGCUUAGUGGGGCAUUUCUCGGGGAGAUUUCCGGGCCUCAAAGCUAUAUAUACUAUGACCAACAAAUGGGGCGUUGAAGUCAAACCCCAUAGCAAGUGUUGGGUCACAUUUGAAUUUCUUUGUGAGGAGGACCGAACUAAGGUCCUAACCGAGGGACCCUAUGUGCUAUACGAAAAGACUAUGUUUCUCAAAGAACUUUCCGAUGACUUUUCGGUUGACAGUGAAGAAUUCCUUAAAGUGCCAAUUUGGGUUAAAUUCCCAAAACUAUCUAUGAAGUUAUGGCAAGCCACAUAAAUUGGGAAGAUUGCUUCACAAGUGGGAGUUCCUAUUACGACGGACAAGGUCACACAAGAGAAGAUCUUUACCAACUUUGCACGUGUCCUUAUUGAAGUUGAUGUCUCCAAACCGCUGGUUCUCAACUUUCCUAUUAUUCCUCCUUCGGGUAAAGAGUGUACACAAAGAGUGAUCUUUGAAACCUAUCAUAUGUAUUGCUACCAUUGCAAAAAGUAUGAGCAUCACCCUUUCAAUUGUAUGAAGCUCAACCCACCAAAGGAAAAAGAAAAAGGGGAGGUCACGGCUAAGGGCAAAACAGCGGCCUCUUCAAAGGAAAAUGAGGCUAUUGAUGAAAAUUUGAAGGUGGUGACCAACAAAAAGAAGCAAGCUAGGGCUCCUUUGAAGGAACUCGUGACAAAUAUUGUCCUAUAUAAAAGUUUCCAUUUCUCUCUUUCAUCUUUAUAGCUAACCUUACAAGUGAAUGGAGAAAGUUGUUACUUUCUUCUUUUUUACCAAGCAAUAGUUAAAAUCUACUCACUUUCUCAUUUUCUCUUUAUUUUCUUGUCUACUUUCUUCUGCAAACCAAACAAGUCAUUUGGUGGCAAUGCCAAGAACCUUUAUAUUUGCAGUAUGAUUCAUAAUCCAUAUUUCACUCAUAAAUGUUUUAGUAUUCAUCACUGUUCUCAAAAUUGGCCUAGUCGGACCGAUUAAUCGGCCUAGUCGGUCCUAACUGUAGAGGCCUAGUCGGCCAAAAAUCGGCGUAAUCGGCUAAAAAAUCGGUCUAGUCGGCCGCCUAGGCGCUAGGCGCCCCUCAACCGCCCGACUAGUGCCUAGCGAGUUUUAGAACAAUGGUAUUCAUUGUUUUUAAUUUUUAUGUGUGUAUCUCUUAUAACACAUUUUGCACAGUUCACAUUUUGCAUUUGAAAUGCUCAUUCUGUGUUGUAUUAAAUUUCUUUUUAUUUAUUCACGAAAAGACUGCUAUGGAAUGUGUUGUGUAGUUCAGCAAGGAUAUCACUAAAGUGAAGGAUGAUAGGGAGCGGGAGAUCAUCGAGUCCAGAAAAGCACUUUCUAGAGAAGGGCCAGUCAAUGCACAUAACCCCAGAAAGAUAAACUUGGAGAAUGAAUUGAAGAGUCCUUGUGUAGUCCCUUCUCCCGAAUUUGGAGCAUAUCCUUCAAGCGCCAAGCAUCAAACAA